GGCUUCGGAUUUUCCAGCUUCGAAUAAAAGGAAUAUUUUUUUAAAUAAAAAAAAUUCAAAAAAAUAACAAUCAUUUUCUGAAUUUCUCGAAUUUUUGAGUUGUAUGAUUUGAGAAAAAAAACCCGAUCGGGUUGCAAUUCGGGGCAUGGAGCGGAUCGUCGGCGGCAAGUACAAGCUCGGCCGCAAGAUCGGCAGCGGAUCGUUCGGUGAAAUCUUCCUAGCUACUCACGUCGAUACGUUCGAGAUCGUCGCCGUUAAGAUCGAGAACAGUAAGACUAAGCAUCCGCAAUUGCUUUACGAGGCGAAGCUGUACCACACGCUUCAGGGAGGAAGUGGAAUACCGAGCAUAAAAUGGUCGGGGAUCAAUGGAGAGGACAAUGUGCUGGUUCUUGAUUUGCUGGGACCGAGUCUUGAGGAUUUGUUUGUGUAUUGCGGGAGAAAAUUCUCACUCAAGAGUGUUUUGCUGUUAGCUGAUCAAAUGAUUACGAGGAUUGAGUUUGUGCACUCGAAAGGUUUUCUGCACAGAGAUAUAAAGCCUGAUAACUUCCUCAUGGGUCUUGGUCGAAAAGCGAAUCAGGUUUACGUAAUUGAUUUCGGGCUUGCAAAAAGAUAUCGAGACUCCACCACCAAUCGUCACAUCCCUUAUAGGGAGAAUAAAAACUUGACAGGAACUGCUCGUUAUGCUAGCUGUAACACUCAUCUUGGAAUUGAACAAAGCCGGAGGGAUGAUUUGGAGUCUCUUGGAUAUGUUCUCCUCUAUUUUCUGAGAGGAAGCCUUCCAUGGCAGGGCUUAAAAGCUGCCACCAAAAAGCAAAAAUAUGACAAAAUAUGUGAGAAGAAGUUAUCAACUCCUAUUGAGGUUCUAUGCAAGUCUCAUCCAGUGGAGUUUGCAUCGUACUUCCAUUACUGCCACUCACUGACAUUUGAUCAGCGACCUGAUUAUGGAUUCUUAAAACGUUUGUUCCGAGACUUGUUUACUCGUGAAGGAUAUGAAUUUGAUUACAUAUUUGAUUGGACCAUCAUAAAGUACCAACAAUCGCAAAAAAAUAGACCUCAGUCUCAGUUACCCCCAGGUCCUGGAGGAAGCAACAGUCGUGCAAUGCCAAUGAAUGUAGAUAAUCAUCAAGGAGGUGCUAGUACUACUUAUCCAUCUGAGGUGACGGAUCGUAUUAUUUCAAGCAAUUCCACUGGUCCUGGGGUCCGGAUGCAGUUUAAACCACCAACGAGCAGGAACUUAAAUUACGAUAAUCCUCUUGAAAAGAAUAUUGCACCUGAAUCAUACACACCUCCGUCUACGUCAUUUGCUGGCACCUCAAGAAGGAAUCACUCCAAACCUGUUUUGCCUGCUGAAACUGCAAACACUAGUCAUGGACAUGGCAAUAAAGUAGGUCCUUCGGGUAGCUGGAUUCAAUCACUGCAGCGCAUGUCUUCAGCCAAGUGAUAUACAUGGUGUAUGGUGAUAUAGGAAGAGAUUGUAAUGAUGCAGCUGUGGACAUUGAAUCAGUUCCUUGGUUGGGGCAAGCUCUCAUUACUUUCCUUAAGGUGACUAAGAAGGUGUUGGCUGUUACAAAGUACAAAAUUUCCAAAGCUUGGAUUCUGUGGUGUACAUAGAUCCCAUGAGUGAUAAAGCAAAUCCUGUAUUUAAGGUUUUUCUUGUAACAUAAAUGAUGAGUGAUACUAUUAUUUUUUCCCCAUUCUUGUUCCUAGGUAAUAAGUCGUCUCCAUGCCAUUUGAUGGCUGUUGACCGUGUUCCUUUGUUU